GCACAGCUCGGCCGGCCGCUUCAUACUGACCAAAAAGUGAUCAUGGAGAACCGUCGGCAAAAUAUUGAUGAUGACAACGCUAAUCAUGAUGAUGACGGAUGUAACCAACGGCGUCGCAAGCGAAGAUACAAACAAUAUCUGCGAGAUGACAAUGCCAAAAUUCCAAGGCAAACCAUGCACAACUGGCUGAAACUACGACAGAGCAGGGAUGACCAUGAUCAUGAUAGUACUAGUAGUACCGACAUGACCGAGGACGAGCAAUCUGGUGAUGCGGAUGAGUAUCUUGAACAUUUCUCCGAAGACAGUACUUGUGACAAUAUAGAUGAUGAUGGUCUGCCUGCAAAUGUUGGGGAAGAUCUAGGAAGCGAUUCAGAUGGAAAUCUUGGGGAAGAUCAAGAAAGUAAUUCAGAUGAAGAUGAUCCACUGAGAAAUCAUGAUGAAGAUCAAGGACCAGGAUACAAUGAUGGUCCGCCUGGAAACCUUGGAGGAGAUGCAGGUGAAGAUCCAGGGGAAGAUCCAGAUGAAGACGUUGAACUUAAUGAAGGCAAUAUUGAUAGUGACCAGGCUCUGCUUAUGAUUCUGACAUAUGUUUUAAGACACAAGUUAACAGGUGAGGCCCUACAAGACCUCCUUACAAUGUUGAACCAGUUUGUACCAGGAUUAGCACCAGUCACAAAGUAUCUAUUUUCAAAAGGUUUUUGUAGGGCAAAAGACCUUAUAGAAGUGCAUUAUUACUGUAAAACCUGUAUGACAUACAUAGGUAAAGAUGAAAAUCUUAAUGCUUGUCCUAACGAAGCAUGUGCAGUACAAUUUAGUGCAUCUGAAAAUAUGAAGAAUGGUAGUUUUAUUCUCUACAUUCCCAUACAGUCACAACUGGAAGACCUGUUUGCAAACAGAGAUAUUGCAAGCUCUAGAUUGAUAAAACAAAGGGUGAGGAAAGAUACAUUGGAUGACAUAUUUGAUGGUGCAGCUAUGCAAAAAUUAAUUACAGAAGGAAAGGUUGGACCUGAUGAUUUCACCUUAUUGUGGAAUUGUGAUGGUGUUCCGGUAUUUAAAUCAUCUAACUAUUCCAUUUGGCCUAUUCAAAUUGUGGUGAAUGAGUUACCAGCUGAUAUGCGCCGCAAGCAUGUUUUAUUUUGUGGUUUGUGGUUUGGCCUCAGUAAGCCUGAUAUGAGCGCAUUACUUGCACCUCUAGUCAGUGAAUCGGAACAGUUGGCUGAUGGAUUUGAUUGGAUAGAUCCAGUUUCUACCAACACUGUGCAUUCCAAGGUGUUUCUCCUUACUUCUGCGUGUGAUUCCGUUGCAAGGCCUGCAUUGAGAAACUGCAAACAAUUCAAUGGAAUGUUUGGAUGCGAUUGGUGUCUCCACCCAGGUGAAGUUGUUGAGAAGGGACGAGGAACUAUGAGAUGUUACCCUUAUAUUGAUCCAGAGCCUCCAACUCGCUCCCAAGAGCAAUGGGAAGAAGAUGUUACAACAGCAACACCGGACAAUGCAGUGAACGGGGUCAAAGGGCCCUCGCUGCUUCUGUUUUUACCCCUUUUUAAUAUCAUAACGGGCUUUGUUGCAGACUACAUGCACUGCGUUCUGUUGGGGGUUACAAGACAAUUUGUUCGCCUGUGGUUUGACCCAAGUAGCCAUGACAGGCCGUGGUAUUUAGGGAAUCGGGUUCAAGAAUUUGAUAACAAAUUACUAAGUAUCAAGCCACCUAGGGAAUUAAGUCGUGCCCCCCGUUCCAUUAACACAAGAAGCUAUUGGAAAGCUUCAGAAUGGAAGUAUUUUUUACUUUACUAUUCACCUUUUGUUCUUAGUGGAUUAAUGCCCGUUCCAUACAUGAAACAUUGGUAUUUAUUAGUGUUUGCUCUCCAUGUUUUGUUGCAGUCAAAUGUAUCAAGGGAUAUGAUUGAUCAAGCCGAAUUAGCUUUAAAGAAGUUUGUCAUUGGAGUUGAAACACUCUAUGGGAAGGAGCACAUAACAUUUAAUGUUCAUCUGCUUACACAUCUUCCUGAUACUGUAAGAGAUUGGGGACCUCUAUGGGCUGCGUCUGCCUUCUCAUUUGAAGCAAACAAUGGUAAACUUCUCAAAUUCUUCCAUGGCACUCAGUAUGUCCCUCAGCAAAUUACUCAAUCAUUUCUUUUAUGGAGAAGUAUACCAAAGUAUAUGCGUGCGCUUAAUCAUGCCCCACUCUCAGUGAAAAAAUAUGUUGAUAGGUUGUGGACGUCCACAAGUUUACCUAAACAUUGUGUAAAAAUUGGAAGUGCCAUUUUAUUUGGGAGUGUUAUUGAUAAACAAAUUCCCUUACGUAUUGUUGCUGCUAUCAGGAACUUACUGGGUCAUGACAUACGUAAUUUGAGAGGAUUGUUUUAUAAACGUAUCUUGAUUGGCCGCUGCAUGUUUUGUUGCAUAUCUUACACACGCUCAUCUCGCAGAAUUGACUAUGGUGUAGAAUUUGAAGAUGGCUUGUUUGGUAUUAUUAAGGAUAUAAUGGUGUGCAAGUUUGAUUGCAUUUGUCUUCCAGAUGAAAUGUGCCAGUGUCUUAAAACUAUACUGAUUGUUUAUACACCCCUUGUCAAACAAAAUGCUCCAGUGUUUCAAGAUGUUCAAAUAGGUAUUAACUCUAGAGGAUUAAUUCAUGAGGUAAGAGAAUCCUUAGAAACAAGGUGCUCUCUCCUUAACAGUGUUAAGCGAAAGUGUGUUGUAAUUUUUAAUGCUGAGAAAAUGUUUGUAACCCCAUUGUGCAAUACAUACGAGUCAGAUUAGAUAGCCAUUCACUUUCCUUCUUUGUCCAUAUGUGGUAAAUGGCAUUUAUGCUAAUACUGUAUGAGAUUUUGAAGAGCAAGUAUUAGUUUAGAAUAAACCCUGUUAUUGGAAGAGUUAUUUGUAUUUUGAUUUGCUAGUCAACUCCCGUUGAAUAAAUUUAUACAAGGCCCUGUCUUAAAAUCUGGAGAAUUUUUCAUUCUCUUUACAGACCCCUGCCCCCUCAGCUUUCUCAUGAAUUUUUGAACCAAAUUUUGUCAUCGCGCCACUCAAUGACAUUUUACUUUCUCGUCUUGCGCAACUUUUGAGACCCGACAAUUUUUUUUCUAAAAGGAGAAAUAAAAAGAAUUAAAUUAAAAAACAAAAUACAUACAUGUAAGAUAUUGAUUUUGGUACCACAAUAUUUCAUUUACAGCUGUUAGUAAUGCUCUAAGUAUUUUCAUCCAAAAUUAGCUUUCUAGCAUUAUUUAUUGAAUUAGAGCAGAAAUUAUGAUUUCAUGAAUAAAUUAGCCUGAUUAAUUAGUAUGAUAUAAAAUAUGUGACCAUGUCGAUUAUGUCAUUCUCUACUUUCAUGCAAAUUUUUGUUGAGAUCGUGCUAUUCAUGCCCGAGAUCUUGGAGGGGGGGGGGGGCUAAAAGGCCUCUUUCUCAACACCACCCCCCCC